UAAACCCACCCACCAAACCACAACCAUGUCCGACGAGACCACCCACCCCCAACGACACCCCAGAAGCAGAAGCCACAAUGGCACCAAACCCACCAAUCGUCCCCCCAAACUCCUCAACCCCCUCCACAAAGGUAUCCAGGAUUACCUGACGCACCACCUCCCACCAGCCACCCUCACCAAAUACAACCUCGAUGAUACUCUCCUCGCCUCCCUCCCUAAGCGCUUCACAGUCUAUGAACCCCUCCUUUUACUACCUGUCAACGCGCUCAGCUCUCCGCCCUCCUGGAGUGCCCUCUACACGGAUCUCACCCCCGCGCAACGCGAAACCCUCUUCGCCUGUAUUGUGCAAGCGUUCAGCCGGUCCGGCGUCACGCAUGUCGCGAUCAAUGCCCCGAUUGCAUUAACAGAUGCCCAGGGACAAGAGAACCGGAUGCGCAGUCCGGCGGGGCUGGUGCCGCUCUAUGGGGAUUUCGGGCCGAUGGGGUCGGAUAAUGGUUUGGGGGAGGAGCAGCAGCCGACGGAGGAGGAUCUGAAGCGGGCGUUCUGGGUGCGCACGAUGCAGAAUCAUGGAAUCGUGCAAAUCUGGGCGCCGCUGUAUACGAUGUUCUCGAGAGGCAAUGUUACGGAGAAGGCGAGGAUACUCGGGGCCGGGAGUGGGUUUGAGGGGUUGGAUGAUACGGCGGGGAUGAGUGUGGUGGACAUGUAUGCGGGGAUUGGGUAUUUUGUGUUCUCGUACUUGAAGCGUGGGGUGAAGAGGGUGUGGGGGUGGGAGAUUAAUGGGUGGUCCGUGGAGGGGUUGAGGAGGGGCUGUGAGGUCAAUGGAUGGGGUUGUAGGGUUGUCCGGACCCGCGGAAAUGGAGAGCUGGAAGGUGGUUUGCGGGUGGGGGAGAUGGUAGAUACAUUGAGGGAGGAGGAUAGAGUGGUGGUUUUCCAUGGCGACAAUCGGUUUGCGGCGGACAUUUUGGCGCGGGUGAGAGAGGUUAUGGAGACCAGGGGCGAGUGGUGCCCUGUUAGACAUGUUAAUCUGGGCCUGCUGCCGUCGUCGGCGGCGGCGUGGGAGAAUGCGUGUCGCAUGGUGGAUGCGCAGAAGGGAGGCUGGAUGCAUGUGCAUGAGAAUGCUGACGUGCAGCGCAUUGAGGAGAUGAAGGAUGAGAUCACGGCGGAGAUUGGGAGGUUGAGAGAGCAGGUUUUGGGAGUAGAGGCGGCGGUGGCGAAUUGUCGACAUGUUGAACGGGUCAAGACUUACGCUCCCGGGGUGAUGCAUUGCGUCUUUGAUGUCAAGGUGCCAUCGCUGGACGAGGUAUGACCUGCGCCAUAUCACGCUUGGGUUUCCAAAGAAUCACGAAAGGGUAUCUCCCAGGUGGUGUAACCGACGCUUGGACUCGUAUCAUCAAACAUAUGUACAGCAACAACAAAAGAAAUCUAAUGUACACUCAUCUAGUGCUUGAGGAACUUCAGCGGUAUGUUCGCCUCGACGAUCUGCAUGCUCUCGAGCUGCUCGAGACGCUCCAUUGCGAGGUCCUCCUCGUCGUGCUUCCGGAAGUGCUCGAUGUCCUCGGGAUGGGUGAGGUCCUCCUCCUUGGCAUCUUC